UUGUAGAAAACCUAGCUGAAAACAACAUCAUGGUGAUCUUAGACAAUCAUAUAAGCAAGCCAGGAUGGUGUUGUAGCAACUCCGAUGGCAAUGGCUUCUUUGGAGAUAAGUAUUUUGACCCAGAUUUAUGGAUCAAGGGGCUGAAUCAAAUGGCAACAAUGUUCAACGAAUCCACUAAUGUUAUUGGAAUGAGCCUAAGAAAUGAGCUGAGAGGGCCCAAGCAAAAUGUCACUAGUUGGUACAGAUACAUGCAACAGGGUGCAGAAGCAGUUCACUCCAUGAAUCCUAAUGUUCUCGUUAUAAUAUCUGGAUUGAGCUUUGACAAUGAUUUGAGCUACCUCUCAAAUAAGCAAGUAGAUUUAACUUUCACUAAAAAAUUAGUAUUCGAAUUUCAUUGGUAUGGCUUCUCUGAUGGUCAAGCCUGGGCCAAUGGUAACCCAAACCAAGUUUGUGGUCAGGUGAAGGCCAGUGUUAUGAGAAGAGCUGGUUUCCUAUUAGACCAAGGAUACCCAUUGUUCUUAAGUGAGUUUGGCGUCGACCAAAGAGGACUUAAUGUUAAUGAUAACCGAUACUUAGGGUGCAUUCUUGGGGUUGCAGCUGAUCUUGAUUUGGAUUGGGCACUUUGGACAUUGCAAGGCAGUUACUAUCUUAGACAGGGGGUUCUUGGUUUAGAUGAAGUGUAUGGGGUUUUAGCUUGGGAUUGGUGUAAGCCACGAAAUUCUACCUUUUUACAAAGGAUUUCAACUCUCCAAUCUCCAUUCAGAGGUCCCGGUCUUUCAGAUGUUCCACCUUAUAUUAUACUAUUCCAUCCACUAACGGGGAUGUGUGUGACUACGAAAACUUUGCUUGAACCAUUACGAUUAGGACCCUGUGAUGAAUCAGAAGCCUGGACCUAUUCAGAUCAGCACAUUUUGUCACUAAAGGGUACGUUAACGUGUCUAAAAGCAGAUGCUAAAGGUCAGAACGCAAAGCUCGGGAUUAUCUGUGAUGAUUCUACUUCUAAGUGGGAUUUGGUAUCGGACUCUAAGAUGCAUAUCGCUACCAAGCUAACAAAUAAUAGCAGCAGUAUUUGCUUGGAUAUUGCCUCUGAUGGCACUACUAUUAUAACAAAUGCUUGCAAGUGCCUUAACAAAGAUAAAGCUUGUGAUCCUCAGAGCCAGUGGUUCAAGAUGGUUACUAGUACUCGAAAUGUCGUAAAGAAGAAUUCACUAAGUAAAGCGAUUAGUGAUGAAGGAAUGUGGACGGCACAGUAAAACAUAUAGCUGGUGUCUAAUCUACAAGUCAUGAUCUGUAUUCAUUUGGUUCAUAUCAUUUAUAGCAAAUUAGCAUAGAUGGGUAUAGGACUAUUCAUGUAAAAUGCAUUCUUUGUAUGAAACAUGAACUAAGAUGUAAUGUUAUAAAAAAAUGAAUUGAGAUGUAAUAAAUGCAAAAGCUUGAAGCUUGAAGAAAUUCUA